AUGGAGAACUCAAAAAAAGAUUGUAUGGAGCUUGCUGCCCUUAUUGGCGUCAAUGGUACAUCCAAGCAAUGCAUGGCUUUGCAUCCUGACAACAAACGGCUAAUCUUCGCUCUCGGUUAUUCAAUAGCUGUCCGUGACCUUACAACAAGCUCUGAAACUUUCUUGUGUGGCCAUGACAACUACGUGACGUGCAUUUCCAUCAGCAAGGAUGGAAAGCUUCUCGCUAGUGGGCAACGGACACACAAUAGCUUUUUGGCAGACAUUGUCAUUUGGGACCUCGAAAAUGCGCUGGAGCUUGGAAGACUCAGCUUCCAUAAGGGCUCGGUGGAAUGCCUUGACUUCUCUUGUGACAACGAGUUCCUGGUCAGCCUUGGGGGUGACAGCUGCAACACGUUGGUGUUAUGGAGCAUCAAGGAGAGGAAGCUCCUAUGCGGAACAACGGCUGCGUUGGAGACGGCGAAAUGUUUAGCCUUUUAUAAUAAUUCAUCAUAUAUGUUCUUAUCCGCUGGCAUAUCGCACAUUCGAAUUUGGGAGAUAAAUGCCACUACGAAGAAGAUGACCCCGAGAGGCUGCAACCUGGGUAAACUUCGCAGAACUUGCAACUCCGUAGUUAUCCACCCAGCGGAUACAGUGGCAUACUGUGGAACGCAGUCUGGAGACAUUCUCGAGAUAUCACUUCAGACUGGGUUAAUGAAACGGCAUGGACCUCCUAAACAACGACUCGAGGGAGGCGUCACUUCAAUGGCAUUGCUUAACAACCACCUUUUUGUCGGCACAGGAGAUGGCCAAUUGCACCGUUUGGGACUGGAAACAUUAGCCCCUAUCGCUUCCUGCCAGGUCCCUGGUGCCUUUACCUCCAUCAUCUCAACUCCUAAGAGUUCUUCCAUUUGGGGGGUGACGGCAGAAAACAGUCUAUACAGGAUCGAUGCCCAGACAAUCACUCCACGUCUCGAGCACUGUGCCCAAACUGGCAAUAUAAAUCAGGUGGUAUUUCCAGAAGGUUGCUCUCAUAUCUUAGCCACUUGUUCAGCAUCCGAUAUUCGAAUCUGGAACGUGAAGAACUGCAAGGAGCUGCUGAGGAUUCGGCUUCCUAGUGCUGAGUGCUUGUGUAUCGCUUUCGCUCCUGAUGGUUCUGCGGUGAUAUCAGGAUGGAAGGAUGGAAGAAUUCGUGCAUUUGCUCCAGAGACAGGAAAGCUGCUCUUUUGCAUUGAUCAAGCUCAUAAAGGCGGCGUAACGGGUAUUGCUGCAACAAGUGUGGGGAGGCGGUUGGCCUCCGGUGGACUAUCUGGUCAGUUUCGGGCCCUCACUGCUGCGGAGGACGGGACCAUCAUUGUGUGGGACAUGACAACAUACACAUCUAUUUUGUCAAUUAACGAAAGUACAUUAUUUCGAAACGCCACUUUUUCUGCCGACGAAAUCCACAUUCUCGCCACAGGGAGCGAUCGGAAAGUGCACUAUUUUGACUCAUUGGAUGGCACGAAAAUAAGGGACAUUGACGCUGCUGAACAAGGAGACAUACAUUGUAUAGCGUACCAUCCAAGCGCUCCACUGUUUUGUACUGGCGGCGAUGAUCAAUCACUUCGGUUAUGGAGAUAUGAGUCGGGUGAAUGUGCAAUGCUAUCCCCUUGGCACGCCGACAAUGUGCGAUGUGCGUGUUUUAGUCCCGAUGGAACAGUCCUUGUCUCCGGAGGAAAUUGUGGGGUUAUUCAUUUUUGGCGAGUCCCUGACCACCUUAUAAAAGGGGAUAGUGCAGUGCCAUCCUAA